CGAUGUUUCUCCACCUCUAAAGCAAAUGCAGUAGCAGCGGCAAUAAUUUGUAAAUGUAUGCAAUAACAAUCAAAAUCCACACCUAAACAACUGCAAUGGCCGCCUCCGCGUCCGCCCAACCAGUGCCGGCGGGCGGCAGCUUCGAUUUCGAUGCUGAGAUUGUCUGCCGCAUUUGCCUGCGCAGUGUAACGGUGGGCGAAGAGAUGCACUUCAUCUACGACGAGGCGCCUGUGGAGCAGGGAGCCAAUCUCGCCCAGAUACUGAACGAGUGCACGCGCUACACCUGCGACCGAUUCGACGACAAGAUGCCGCUUAAAAUGUGCGAGCUGUGCAUCAAGGCGGCCCGCCACGCCUUCCGUUUCAAGCGGGAUGCGGAAAAGUCCUAUUGCUCCCUGAUGGCGCUGCUCGGACGCCCGCUCAACAGCAGCAGCAGCAGCGACGUGUGCACCCAAACAGAACAGGUGGCCCUUCUGCCCUGCGAGAUGUGCCAUGACCAGUUUUUGAACAGCCUGGAGCUGAGACUACAUCGGAAUAGGGUGCACAAAACCAGGGACAGCGGCACUGGCACCAGCACCAGCAAUAGUGCUGGUGCCAGUGAAGGUGCGGUGGUCCAGCAGCUCAAGUGUAAGUUCUGUCCGCAGCAUUUCCCGCAUCUGCGCCAGCUUCGCACGCAUCUGGCUCGGAGUCAUAACCAAACGGAGCGCCUCCAGUGUCCCCACUGCCAGUCAGCCUUCACCCGGCGGGACCAUAUGCUUCGUCACAUACGCAACAUACACAAAAAGGAGGCAGACAGCGCCAGGCCGCUGGAGGACGAGGCAACAAUGCAGAGCUCUCCCGGGGAUGAGCUCGUUUCGGCCGAGGUAUUGCUGAACGAGGACGAGAAUGACGAGGGCAAUGCCUACCAGUGCAAUAUCAAUCCCAUAUCCAGCAACGAGGAGGAGGACGAGGUCAAUGACGAGGAGGCCAAGAAGGAGCUGUGGCUGCACAUCAAACCGGAGCCCUGCCUAGAAGCCGAGGAUCUCGAUCUGCAGCUCGAGAAGAAGCUGCGCCGGCGGAAAGAGAAGACUGAAACCGAGGAGCGGCAGACCUCCACCGAUGCCGCCGCUGUCAAGGAUGAGCCUUUGCCCAGCACAGACACCGCCGCCGCCGCCCAGCCGACGCUGCACAUCAAAGAGGAAAGCCAGACGGCAGCUGGCAGCGUGGAUGAGGAUCAAGGUCGUGAUGAAGAUGACUUCAUAGAAGGUUCCAGCCGGCCUGGCGGGCAGGUGGAGCUGCCCCUCAGUGAUGAUGCGGAGGAGGAGGAGGAGUACGAGUAUGGGGAUGAGGAUGAGGAUGAGGAGAGCGACUUGGAUGACGAGGAGCACGAUGAUGAUGAUGGAGAUGGAGAUGCAGAGGAGGAUGAUGCCCCCCCCGGAGACAUGGACAAAUCCAAAUUGGAGAUCGUGAGAGAUUAUCUGAGGAAAAGCAAGCCCCUGAAGCGACGGCGUCGCAACAAACAGAGCGGCGAGGCCAAUCCGGAGAAUCGCUGCGAUGUAUGCCAGCGGACAUUCUCCCGCCACUGCCACCUGCUGCGGCACAAGCUCUCCCACCUGGAGAAGAAGCCGCACAGCUGCCCGCAGUGCCCCAAGGCAUUUGCACGCAGCGACCACCUCAAGGCCCAUGUCCAGAGCCUGCACAGCAACAAAGAGCACAAGUGUACGCUGUGCGAGGCCGCCUUUGCCCGUCCCGAGGCCCUCGAGCGGCACAAGGUGAGCAAGCACAACGGUGAGGGCCUGGAGGCGGGCAACGAACUGAAACUCCAGCUGGCGGAGCACACCUGUGAGUACUGUUCGAAGCGUUUCUCCAGCAAAACGUAUUUGCGCAAGCACACGCUGCUCCACACCGACUUUCUGUACGCCUGCAAGAGCUGCGAGGAGACCUUCAAGGAGCGCCAGCAGCUGCGCGAGCACGAAAAGAGCCACACCGGGCAGCGCAAUUUUCUGUGCUGCAUCUGCGGCGACAGCUUUGCCCGCAACGACUAUCUGCGUGUGCACAUGCGGCGGCAUAAUGGCGAGAAGCCGUACAAGUGCCGCUACUGUGUGAAGGCCUUUCCCCGGGCCACCGAUCUCAAAGUUCACGAGCGGUAUCACACGGGCACCAAGCCCAAUCUGUGCAACACGUGCGGCAAGAGCUUCCAUCGGGCCUACAACCUAACGAUCCACAUGCGCACCCACACGGGCGAGCGGCCGUACAAGUGCGACCAGUGCCCGAAGAGCUUCACCCAAAGCAACGACCUCAAGGCCCACAUCCGGCGGCAUACGGGCGAGCGGUACAAGUGUCCGCACUGCGAUGCCUACUUUCUGCAGCUGUACAACAUGCGCAACCACUGCCUGAGCGCCCACAACAAGCAUAUUGAGACGAAGACGGGUCGCCUGCAGCGUACAGGCCUCCUCGAGGAUGGCACUCAAUCCCACCUGACCACUGUCGUGAUGCCUCCCGUUCGCUAUCAGUCGUCGUCGUCGGGGGGGCCGGAUCAUCCCAGCCAGAUGGAGCAACAAAUGGGUGCGCCGGUGGCUGCAAUGGGCACGGGGAUCGAGAGCUCGUCCGCCAACAUCAUUCAUCAUCAUUCGCAUUCGUCGCCAGAGGCCGCCUCGGCGUACAAUGCCUCGCCCGUGACCACAGGGGCUGUGCCCACAACAACAGCAACGUCGGCGGUGACCACUCUAGAUGGUGCCGCCUAUGCACCGGCCCCGGCACCGCCAGCACCUGGGAAUGCAGCACCCUUUGGGGCCUUCAAUUUUCCACCCGUCGUUAUGGCGCAUCUAAUGUACAAUCAUGCUGGUGGCAGCCAGCACAGUCAGAGCGGCAGUGAGACUGGCAAAUAGCUGCUGCUGUUGCUGCAGCUGCUACUCCCACAGCCACUGAGCCACUGGCAUCAAUCCACCAGCAGACACAAACUAUUAUCCAACUAUUAUUCCAGUGCAAUCUUAUAUUCCCUCCCCCCACCCCCCACUCCGUUGUAUAUAGAAGCAGGCAGCAGUAUUUCAUGGAGACGACUACAGCAUGCUGGAAAGGACUAGCAGGCCAAUUUCCCUUCUCUUGUCUUAGAAUUUUAUGUGAUAAGAACAAUUAGUGUAAGAUCCCAAUUUACAUCACAUGAAAUGUAGCACAACGCACCACCCCGCAUCCCACCCCAUCACCAUUCCCAUCCCACCACGCCACACAGUAAAUGGAUGUAUUUUAUA